CCAAACUCAACCAAAGCCACCACCACUCCUGCCGCUGUUGCUCCUAAAUAUUCAUUGUCCAUAUUGUACAGUGUCUGUGUGUGCCUUGACCCCUAGCCAAGACCUUUCAACAUCGACUAUCUCCAUCUCCAUCUCUAAUUAUACUCUAUUGUCUAUACACUCCGACAUAUACUGUCGCUGUACAAUUGUUUAUACUUACACUCGCUCGUACUCCCAUCUCACUUGUUUACCCUGCGAAUACGGUCAAUAAUAUACAACACAACUCCACCACGCCGCUCCUUCCGUCUUACUCCGCUCAUUAAGCCGCCCACCUACCUCCGCGCGCCAGCCCAAAAGGAAUACGAAGCAAUCAAUCUCGCCAGAGCGCCGACCCAAGGAGAAUACGACUUCUGCGCCCCAAUGUCGCCGGACUCCCACAGCUGCUAACCCACUAUACUCCUCGCCACGAACCGUGGCCCCGCUGACGAGAGAGGGUACAAAGACCUUUAUCACUCUGUUCACCCCUUCAUCAUGUCACGAUAUGUCAACGACUACGACGAUCCCUCCGCCGAACCGCUCAAUCACCCAGGAGCAUCCUCGAGCCCGCCGAAUCCCAUCUACCCACAACACGGCAGCUUCACCCGCCAACAGCGCCGUCCGGUGCAAGGAGCAAACACACAGCCUUCUCAACAACGAGGCCCACCGAACGUGCCACCACAUGCUGGCCAGCAGCAGCAACAACAGCAGCAGCAGCAGCAGUACUACAAUCGCGAACCCUACAAUACCACCUCGAUGGCUUCGAGCACGACGCCAGGCGCAGAUAACUUCGGGCAACAGGCCGGCGGGGGCAUUGCUGGGAUCGCGAUGGGCGUUGCAGAUAACCGGCCGCGAGAGAGCGGCAUGGAGGCGAUGAGGAGCAUACCAGAAUACGGCGUCGACGGGAGGCCGUUGAAUUACAACCAGAGCCAACGGCAGGGGCCAGGGCCAGGAUACAGGCAACCCACGCUGCCGCCUGUGGCUGGAGGGCAGCAACGGUAUCGAGAUGCUGAUCCAGUCGUGAAUCCGGCAGCGAACCCGGCGCACAUGGGUUAUUAUGGAGGGGAUAAUUAUUCGGACGAGGGAUACGAUAACCGGAGGUACGAUUCGAGGGAAAGGUCUCCUUACGACGGGGAGAUGUAUGGGAGGCAGGGGCAGGGGCAGGGUAAUUCAAGGCAGGGCUAUCCGGUUGCUGCUGGGGUUCCUCUCAUGGCGGUGUCGAGGCCGCCAGGAGAAUCUGGCACGAGAGCUGGAGAUUACGCGGGCUACGAUCCACAGCAGGACGCCGCGCUGCAUCGUUACUCCCAGAGGAUAGACCCGUCGUGGCAACUCCAAGAUCCGAAUGCCAUCGUGGAUGACGGCGACGAUGGACUCGAUUACGUGCAGCCCUCACAUCACCGCAACUCCCUAUUAAGCUUAGGGAGGAGUUCAGACCGACUUAGCACGAGCACAGGAGGUGCUCUGGCUGCUGGCGGUGCCUUAGGCGCUGGAGCUCUCGGGGGGAUAGCAGCGCGCAACGGCAGUGGAAGCGCAGCAGAGGGUGCCUCGUUGUUCAGCGGCCCGGGAAACCCAUCGACUGGGUCCGGCGCACACGCCGCAUUCAUCGCAAACGAGCGUGAGAAGGACAGCUGGAUGGCGAAGGAGAACAAAAAGCACAAGAAGUCGAUGUGGAUCGCGAUUGCGAUCAUCGCCUUCCUCGUGAUCGGUGGAACUGUGGGCGGCGUGCUCGGCGCCAUGCUGGCGAAGAAGGGGGGUGGCUCCAGUAGCUCGGACUCUACGACGGCGGCCGGCUCUGGUGGCAGUGCUACUGAUGACACUAAAGCAAAUGGCGACCUCAACAAGGAUAGCGCGGAGAUCAAGGCGCUUUUGAACAACGCGAAACUGCAUAAGGUCUUCCCUGGCAUGGACUAUACGCCCAUGUACACGCAAUACCCGGAUUGUCUACACUAUCCAGCGUCACAGAACAACGUCACCCGCGAUAUGGCCGUGAUCUCGCAGCUGACCAACGUAGUGCGUCUGUACGGCACGGACUGCAAUCAGACGGAGCUUGUUCUGCACUCGCUCAAGCAGCUCGGGCUACAGGACACGAUGAAGGUGUGGCUGGGCGUGUGGCAAGACAAGAACGAGACGACCAACGCGCGCCAGCUGGACCAGAUGUACGACAUUCUCAAGAACUACGGCACCACGCCCUUCAUGGGCACCAUCAUCGGCAACGAGAUGCUCUUCCGCGAGGACAUCGACUCGUGGGCGCUCGGCGCGCUGCUGGACCAGGUGCGCGCCAAGUUCAAGACCCUGAAGUACGAUCUGAGCGUCUCCACGAGCGAUCUGGGGAACAGCUGGGACGCGGCGCUGGCGGCCAAGAGCGACUACAUCCUGAGCAACGUGCACCCCUUCUUCACGGGCAAGCCGAUCGCCGAGGCGGCCGAGUUCACCUGGCAGUUCUGGCAGAACCAGGACUUCCCGCUCAAGCCGGACCUCAAGAAGAACAUCAUCGCCGAGACCGGGUGGCCGACCAAGGGAGGCAUAGACUGCGGCUACGGCGUGUACACGUGCGACGCGGGCAGCGUGGCGGGCGUGUCGGAGCUGAAUCAGUUUAUGGAGCAGUGGGUGUGCCAGGCGAUGACGAACGGGACGCAGUAUUUCUGGUUCGAGGCGUUCGAUGAGCCGUGGAAGAUCAAGUUUAAUACCAAGGCUGAGCCGGGCAAGCCGGCGCAGGAGUGGGAGGAUCAGUGGGGGAUUCUGGAUGUGAAUCGUGUGCUGAAGCCGGGGGUGGUGAUUCCGGAUUGUGGGGGGAAGACGGUGAGUGCGGUAUAGAAGGGGCCGCUGCUUGCUUUGUUGUUUUAUCUGUUCGUUUUGGG